UGCAGCAGAGGGGGAGACAUGGGCUGACUGGGCGCACAGCAGCAGAGACGCCCACACAUAGGCUACUGAAGGCACCAAGACGCGCUAUAAAAACGUGACUCGGUAUUUGAGUGUCAGUGGGGAUCCUUCACUAUCUUUAAGCCACCAUGAAACAACCACACGGAUUCAGCCAUGGGAAAUACUCCACAAAGGACAUCGAUGCAUUGGCUUUCACCAACGGGAAACUUAAUUUCUGAUCGUAAGCAAAAGACAUCUUUUUCCUCUGUUUGUGGACUCUGCUGAAAUUGUUUCAUCGACCCUGUCUGUGGAGUUUCUCUGGAUAUCUGAUUGUCAAGGAAAACUAUCUUCUGGCUGUUCAGUUGGACUGAUAAGAUUAUCUGAACUAUGUAGUGCCUCCCUUAACUAUGGCCCUCAUGAGCUUCAGCGUUCAGUGAUGUUAGCUCUGAGCCACUACAACUCCUCCGCCUCCCCGCUCCUCCCUCGUUUCUCUAAUGACAGCGGAGGGAAGGUGGAGGCCAUGGUGGCUGUUGAAGGGCUGUCGCAGCAGGGAAACCUCACCUUGGUGCAACCCACCACCAGUGGUGUCAUUGUCGUCAUACUGUCCAUGACACUGGGCAUCAUCUCCAACAUUGUGGCCCUCUUCAUCCUGGCCAAUGCCUACUCCCUCCAGCGCCGGCGCACCAAAGCCACAUUCCUUCUGUUUGCCACUUCACUGGUGGUCACAGACUUCUUUGGCCAUGUGAUCCCUGGUGCCCUGGUUCUCCGACUCUACCUCUACGGAGGUGUGCACCCCAACUCCUCGGAUAGGAUGUGUCAGUUCCUGGGUGGCAGCAUGGUGUUCUUUGGCCUGUGCCCACUCUUCAUGGGCUCUGCCAUGGCUGCUGAGCGCUGCCUGGGUGUCACGAAGCCUCUGCUGCACUCAUCCCUGGUCACCAAAACCCGCACAAAGAUCUGCCUGUCUGUCAUCUGGCUGGCAGCUCUGUGUGUGGCCAUGCUGCCCUGCUUUCAGCUGGGCUCUUACACCUAUCAGGACCCAGGGACCUGGUGUUUCAUCCAAGUGCUCAGUGACACUCAGGAGGUGGAUGUGGCGUUUGUGGUGCUGUUCUCUGGACUAGGUCUGACCUCGCUAGCUGUGGCGCUGGUGUGUAACACCAUCAGUGGACUGACGCUGGUGCUCGCUCGGUUCAGGAGGCGGCUGGGCUCCCAUCACUCAGCAAAGUCCCAUGAUAUAGAGAUGGUGGUGCAGCUGGUCGGCAUCAUGGUCACCUCGUGUAUCUGCUGGAGCCCUCUGCUGAUCUUUGGUCUGAUGUCGGUGAUCCGCUCCUACACAGGAUCUAUUGGAGAAGACUUGUCCAGCUAUAAAACCCUGAUGGUGAUGGGCGUGAGGCUGGCCACAUGGAACCAGAUCCUCGACCCCUGGGUGUACAUCCUGCUGCGCCGCACCGUUCUCCGCAAAAUCUACCUCAUCGCCAAGUGCCAGGCAGGACUGAGGGGAAAUAUAUUAGGCCGCUGGGAGCCAACCUCUUUUCACAGCUCAGAGAAGAAGCAAGUCAACCAAGUAUGAGCUGACAGAAAGACUGAUAAAGUACUUUGCGGAUUUACUUUACUGAACAUACAAAGAACUGUGCAAAUAAAAAGCUUUAGAAGGAGAGACCCACAGGAUCUUGUGAAAGGAACAAUCUUUGUGGCUGUGAUGGAGGAGCCCAUUAGUUUAG